AUGAGGGCAUAUCUCCAGGUUCUCAGCACCGGCACCGCAGACUGUCCUUCCUCCGUGAUCCUCCACUUUGACGCGCAGCGAUAUAUGAUCAACUGCGGUGAGGGCACCCAGCGCCUCUGCAUGGAGUCCAAAUUCCGUUUCUCAAAGAUCAAGACCAUCUUCUUCACCCGCACCCACUGGGACUGCAUCGGCGGUGCUCCAGGUAUGCUUCUGACUCUGUCAGACGUUGGAACCGGACACAUCAAGCUGGUGGGAGGCGAAAACCUGACCCAUGCCUUGAUCUCCACACGCCAAUUCGUUUACAGGAACACCAUGGCUGUCGACACCUUGGAGAUGAGCGAGAACGAAAACACAUACAGCGACGAGAACCUCCGUGUCACUGCCGUUCAGGUCUAUCCCGACAACUUUGUUCGUGAUUCACCGUAUGAGUGGCCAUAUCAUAGAUCAGUCGGCGGCCGAUUCUCGCUAGACAACUCUACUGCGCCUGCUUCAUCUGCGACAGAUUCCACUCCCGUCGCCAUCGGAUCCAAGAGGUCCUCGGACGAGUUGCAGCCAUCUUCAUCGCCGACUGUUAAGGAUCAAGUCAAAGAUCCGCAGGAGAUCAGGAAGCAGAUUCUGGCUGGCAUGCUGAACUUGAGCGGCACUGUAGGAGACUCGUCCACAGCCAACAAGAAAAUUAAGCGGAACAAAAAUACCAAUGGGGGCAAUUGCACUGCUCAGACGGCGACUGCGGCAGUGACGGAUGUUGACGCGAUCGAGGCGGCACGUUCAAGAAGCAAUAAUGGACGGUUCAUGGAGCUGCCGAGGACGAGCCCCAACACCAGCGCGAUCAGCUAUAUCUUUCAGACGCCAGACUAUGUCGGUAAGUUUGAUCAGGAGGCCGCUAUCAAACUUGGUCUCAAGCCUGGCAGGCUCUACGGUAAUCUCGUCAAGGGAAUCUCCGUUUCUUUGGAAUCAGGAGAGAUUAUCCAUCCUCACCAAGUCAUCAGUGGUGCUCGUCCAGGAAGAGUCUUCAUGGUGAUUGACUGCCCGACUGUCGAAUACAUCUCUUCGCUGGUAAAAUCCAAGGAGUUCGAGAGAUUUCAAGGAUUAGGAUCAGGAUCAGAGUCAGAGGCGGGCAAGGACCGUCUGAAGGCUGAGUGUAUUGUUCACCUGGGUAGCCACUCUGUUCUGAGUCACCCCGACUACAAAGCCUGGAUGCAGCUCUUCGGACCGGACACUCAGCACAUCGUUGCCAAUCAGGACUACUGCUCUCAAAAACUGAUCUGGCAAAGUCAGUCGCGCACCUGCCACAAGCUGUCGAAACUGGAUCCGACCAUUUUCCCGAUCCCAUACCACGACAAUACACCAGCACAUGAUCUGGCCACUGAUCUUAAAGGAAUAGUGGUCAAGGCUCAAGUGGCAGAGAGUUUGCUGGGAUAUCAAUUGGAGCCCUCGGUAGGGUGGGAACGCUCAGAAAUUAUCAACCCAAUGGAACCAUUUCACGGCCACGAUGCAUCGAGUGAGAAGACCCCGCCAUAUAUGAAGGAAUACUAUGAGUUGGCAGACAAGGCGAACGAAGAGAUUGCAAAGGAUAUCAAGACGUAUUCGGAGGAGAUCCCAGGAAAGGACGUUAUCUUGACGGCGCUUGGCACUGGAUCGUCGCAUCCCUCAAAGUAUAGAAACGUCAGCGCUACGUUGCUGGACAUGCCGAACGGUGGUACCUUUUUUUUGGAUUGUGGUGAAGGAACUUUUGGGCAGAUGUUCCGCCAAUUUGGCGGCUACAAGCGAUCUGCGGAGCAAAGAAAUUAUGUUGAGGAUCGGAUCAAGAGACUGAAGGGAAUCUUUAUCUCGCAUCUUCACGCGGACCAUCAUCUCGGCGUCGUCACCGUCAUUGACAGCUGGAAUAAGCUUCGCGAUGCGGACGCAGAGCCGUUGUAUCUGGUGGCGCCAUUGAAGUUCAACGGCUUCUUGCAGGAACUGUCGGAUGUACAGGACUUUGGGUACAAGAAUGUACAGUUUAUCAACUGCGAGGACAUGGUGUAUUGGCGGGACAAGUACGACUAUCGCAGGCAGAACAUUCAAGCUAUUCUGGACCGCCUUCUGGAGUCAUCUGGCUUCGAUGAGAUCUCUACUGUAGAUGUGAUCCAUUGCCCCUGGUCGUAUGGCAUCAGCAUGACACACAAGGAGGGCUGGAAGGUUGUUUACUCGGGUGACACUCGGCCCUGCGAGAACCUUGUACAGGCGGGCCAUGGUGCUACAGUGGUGCUACAUGAAGCGACAUUCGAGGAUGACAUGUCUGAGCUUGCCCUGGCUAAGAAGCACUCGACAACGCAGGAGGCAAUCAUGGUGGGCGAGGGCAUGGAGGCAAAGUAUACGAUGCUGACGCACUUCAGUCAGCGAUACCCUAAGAUCCCGAAGUUUGACUCUGAGGACAAGACGACGCAGAUCGGUAUCUGCUUUGAUAUGAUGAGUGUCAAGCUGGGUCAGAUUGGGAGGUUGGCAAAGUAUCUGCCGGCGCUGCAGACGCUGUACUCACCACAGAGUGAGGAGGCCCAGGAAGGCGAAGGCGAGGUCAGGGACAGCGAGCUCAAGAGCUUAGCACCACAUGCGGAAUGA